UGGAUCGAUUCGAGGUCCCGAGUCUUUUGUCCUCAUUACUGAAGUUUUUUUUUAUACUAUGGGUAAAAAAGAUAAAAGCAAGAAGAAAGUAAGUGGUAGUGUAAAAACUGCACUUAAAACUGAAAAGAAGUUGAAUGCUAAGCAAAAGAAGGAACUGGCUGCUCUUGGCGAGGAUGACAUAGAAAAGGUAGUUGCUCAAAUUGAGAGAGAAGAAGCAAGAAGGCAACACGUUGUUGAGAAAACAGUAUCACCUCCGUCACGGCGUGUAAAUUUUACAUUGACUGCGCAUCCUUUCAAAGAUGAACUCGUCAUGCUUGGGGGAGAGUUUCACGAUGGACGGACGACAGUCGUUUAUGGAGAUAUGUUCGUAUAUAAUUUGAACAAGAACGAAUGGAUGAUCGUAAAAGCACCUGGUGCACCGCCUCCGCGAUGUGGCCACCAAGCAAUAGCGACGACUGUGAACAAGGGAGAGCUAUGGGUGUUUGGUGGAGAAUUUUCAAGUCCCUCGGAAUCACAAUUUUAUCAUUAUAAGGAUCUAUGGGUGUACAGAUUUGCAGAGAAAAAAUGGGAGAAGAUCUUAUCACCUGGCGGACCAUCGGCAAGGAGUGGUCACAGAAUGGUACACAUAAAAAAGCAAUUAAUAGUUUUCGGUGGAUUUCAUGACAAUUUAAGAGAUUACAAAUAUUAUAACGACGUGCAUAUAUUCAAUCUCGAAACAUAUGCCUGGCACAAAAUCGAGUUGUCUGGUGUUCCACCGCUUCCAAGGUCAGGAUGUAUAGUACUGGCAACACCUGAGAACAAGCUUCUUGUAUAUGGCGGUUAUAGUAAGGAAAGGAUAAAAAAAGACGUUGACAAAGGCUCCAUUCACAAUGACAUGUUCUUAAUGACUCCGGAAAAAAAUGAUCAGACCGGUUUAAAGUGGAAGUGGGUGUCUGUGAAGCAAUCGGGACUUAAGAUAUCGCCUAGGUGCAGCGCAUCGGCCGUUUUGGUUCAACCGAACUUGGCUUAUUUAUUUGGCGGAGUCUUCGACGAAGAGGAUGACGAAGAAGAACUUCGCGGGACAUUUUAUAACGAUCUAGCGGGCUUGGACUUGGAAAAAUUCCAAUGGCACAUCGUGACGUUACAUGGAAAGAAGGAUGAAACAACUAGACGUCGAAGAAGAAAACCGAAGGAAGAUGGACAAGAUGAUACGGGAGACAAGGACGCUAGUGACGAUGAAACAGAAGAAUCAUCUAUGCCUGUCGAAUCGAAAGUUGUAGAUGACGAUGGAAUAUUCACAGUCACCAUAGGACCGGCAUCGACGUCGGUCACUGAUAAACAACAAAGUACGUGCAAAGAUAUGUUUGUACCGUCUCCGAGAAUAAAUCCCGGACUUGCUGUAAAGCACAACGUUCUAUACUUGUACGGUGGCAUGGUUGAAAAUGGAGACCGACAAUAUACGCUUAACGAUUUCUACAGCUUGGACUGCCGUAAAUUAGAUGAGUGGAGAACAAUAUUAAAAGAUGAUUUAUCUUUACAAACGUGGUAUGAUUCUAGCGACUCUAGUUCGAACAGUGAUAGUAGUGAUGAGGAUGAUUCUGAGAAUGAACAGAUGGAUGUAAGCGAAAAUUAAUCGUAAAGUAUAAAUAUCUUCGUUGAAAUAUAAUAAAUUUCAAUUUGAUUUGUA